GGAACCGAUUUAAUCAUGCCCGCCGGAGUCUCGUGGGGCCAAUACAUGAAGUUCUUGGGCAGCGCAAUGCUGGCCAUGAUGGCCGGCUCCCAGGCGGUGCAUAUGUACUUUAAGCCCUUGGACGAUUUGCCCGUGUACAUAGAGAAGGAGAAACAACAACUACAGAAGGAGCACGGCAUUGUUAAUAGUUAGCUUUAAGUAUAAUAUAUUUCUUGUUCUAUCUGCACUAUACAACUAAAGAGAGAACUUAUGUGAAU